AAUAGCAACAGAUACUUCGCUGAGCUGCAACAUGCUGGCAACAAACCUGCCCCAGCAGACUGGAAAACUCCCUACUUUUAAUCACCGGGAGAGCUAAAACCAGCAAUGUGCUGCUGCCGAUUUUUCCCUGCGGAGAAAACUGUUUGAUGCCUGCGAGGUUUGAAGCUCACUGUCUCACACAGGAAAAAGCAGUGUAUGACUGACAUAAAACUCACUGUAAAUGCAUAAUUUUUUUUAUGUUUCCACUUGUAAAAGUGACCAAAGAAAAGUCCAGCUUGAUUCCACCCCACAUGCACAGCAGCAGCUUGGAAGGACUUGUUUUCCUUUUUCUUUUUUUUUCCUCCCUUUUUUUCUCUUUUUAACCUGUGCUCUAGCAGGUCCAUAAUCAGUUGUGAAUUCAACUCCUUUGCUGACAAUGAAUACCACACACUCUGCAUUUUCAUUUCAGCCUGUGCAGCUUAAUGUCACCGAAGACUUCAAUGACUCCACUCUGAACAGCAGAAGUGGCGAUGGAUUUUGCGAGCAGGUCUUCAUAAAAGCAGAGGUCUUCUUGACUUUAGGGAUCAUCAGCCUCCUGGAAAACAUCCUUGUCAUUCUUGCAGUGCUGAAGAAUGGAAACCUACAUUCUCCCAUGUAUUUCUUCCUUUGUAGCUUGGCUGUGGCAGAUAUGUUGGUGAGCAUGUCAAACGCCCUGGAGACUGUCAUGAUUGCAAUCCUGAGCAACGGCUACUUGAUCAUUGAUGACCACUUCAUCCAGCACAUGGACAAUGUUUUUGACUCAAUGAUUUGUAUUUCUUUGGUAGCCUCAAUUUGCAACCUCUUGGUUAUAGCCAUUGACAGGUACAUAACUAUUUUCUAUGCUCUCCGUUACCACAGCAUCAUGACUGUGAAGAAAGCUUUAACCUUGAUUGUGGUCAUUUGGAUUGCUUGUAUCAUCUGUGGCAUCAUAUUCAUUGCCUACUCAGAGAGCAAAACUGUCAUUGUGUGUCUCAUCACCAUGUUCUUUACCAUGCUCUUCCUCAUGGCCUCCCUCUAUGUCCACAUGUUCCUGUUCGCCCGCCUGCACGUGAAGCGAAUCGCAGCCCUGCCCGUGGAAGGGGUGCCCUACCAGAGGACCUGCAUGAAGGGAGCUGUCACCAUCACCAUAUUGCUGGGUGUCUUCAUUGUCUGCUGGGCACCUUUCUUCCUCCACCUCAUCCUCAUCAUUUCUUGCCCGAUGAAUCCAUACUGCAUCUGCUACACCUCACACUUCAACACCUACCUGGUGUUGAUAAUGUGCAACUCGGUGAUUGACCCACUCAUUUAUGCUUUCCGGAGUCUGGAGAUGAGAAAGACUUUCAAAGAAAUAGUGUGUUGCUGUUAUGGCAUGAGUGUGGGACAGUGCAUGCUAUAAACCUCUGGUUUUGGGUGGAAAAUGCCCACAAUAGUUGUAUGUAUAUAUAUGUAUGUAUUAUUAAGAUAUACAGCAGCUCACUUUUAAUGCAGUGCCUGAAGGAAGGGUGCAGGAAAGAAAAAUGCCUUCUACAUGAUGCCUUGUUUCAUACUUUUCAGAAUGAGAAACAGUUUCAACUGAAUUAUAUGAAGUUUUUUAAAUAGUUAUAACAGAAGGAAAUCCAGAGUGGCUUAAAAAUAGCUUAAGAAACUUACUGGGAAAAACAAAUCCUGAAAGGGAAUACUACCUUCUAGAGACUGAAAUAACGUUCUCCCUACCACUCAUUUGUGCCUGUUGCUUUAUCUUUGUGUCACCAUCACCAAGUCAGUGUUUUCUAAAAGAUUCGAUUAGUCAUCUCUGUGGAAAGGUAUUCAAAAGCCCAACAGGUAACAACAUUGUUCCACACCUACUCCCAUGCCUCCACCUUUUAAUGAAAGAACAGACUGAUAUUUAUGCUGUUUGCCAUAAAGCAACUCGAGUACAAUUUUGGAAGGGUGAAAGUAAACAUUUCUCUUGCACUGAGAUCAGUCAAAUGAAAAGGAAUCACAGUAUCAGUGACAGUGUGAUUUAAACAGCUGCCUGAUAAGAUUGACUCAUAUGAAGGCUUUUACAUUAUUUAUUGUAAUAUAGGAGUAUUAUAUCCUUGAAUAUUUAAUUAUUUUUUUAAGCUGGAAUACACUGAUCAAUGUAGUGUUUGGUCUGUUCAUAAAAAGCCACAGAAAUCUCUUUUUGAUAAACCAUCACUAAUGAGACCCACAGAUCUGACCAUCAGGAAUAACUAAAACGCAAAAUAAUUUGAAUCUAGCUUUGUGUAAAAGCUGCAUGGAGUCAUCAGAAAUAUCCAUCUGGCUAAGUUCAGUACCUGAAGAAAUAAGAUGUUUAUAACAGAUAGGACUUCUAUACAUUGAGAAAUUAAUGUCAUGGGUCAGUCUCUUCUUACUUAAGCUUUCCCCUGAACUCAGGGGAUGGACACUGGGAACAAGGAAGCAACAUGCUCUUUGCAAUCAUUUCCAAACUCUGUGUGCAAGUCAGUGGUAUGUAAAGCACUCAACUUCAGCUGCAGUAAUUUAGUCUGUGCCUCUGCUUUUUGUAGGAAUAAACCAUGUCAGUGGCCUUCAAACAGCACUUUGUAACUGAGCAGAGGCUGAUUCAGUUUGUGUGCAACAGGUACAGGCAAUAGUGCAGGCAGUGCCAGGCUAAGAAAACCCUGAGCCAUCCUAAAGUCUAUUCAGCACCUUUCUAGUACCUUCUGCUUUUAGGAGAGGCAGUAUCCCAAAUCCCUCAGGGUUGUCUAUUGCUUUCAAACAUCAAAAAGAUCUCAUUUGACUUAAGACUAUCUUUUUUAUUUCCCCCUCCUAUUUCAUUUGAAUGGAGUUGCUCAGUUAUUAUUAUUAGAGUUAUUUCUGGGGCUCUCUCUGUCAGGUCAGGAACAGUUAAUCCAGCCCAGAGCUUCCCCACCUAUUCUGCCUCCAGUUCUGCACUCACACCCUGGUCCUGGUACCCCCCAGGCUGAUGGUGUUUCCCUGCCACUGGCUCCAGAUCCAGCUCUGGCUGCUGUGGGGAGUCACAUUUCACAUUUUGCAAAUACUGGCCUGUGUUUGAUUCUCAGCAUCCUACAACCUAUAUAGGGAGCAACCCAACAUCCCAAUCCUAUGGCCAAGGGGCCAAGAGCCAUCUCUCCCUCUACUCUUGCCACACUCUGCCCAUCAGCACUAACCCACCUCAUGUUCCCUAUUUCCCUUCCCUCUGAUCACACCCUAAAUUCCCUGAGUUCUCAUUUCCUCCCACAAUCACAUCCUCCAGG